CCAAGUGUCCAUGAGAAAAGCACCUCAGCUGAUGACAACGAACAUCAUGCAAAUCUAUACAACCCUCUCAAGAGCCACUUUUUCUCUAUCUCUUCACUUCUCAACUUUUUCAUCAGUACAGGCACAAUCUAUUGCUUGAAAUGACGCUCCCUUAUCUCUAUUCCGUCUUUCUCUUCUCCGGCCUCAUCUUCGUCACGCAUGCCUUCGACCUCAGCCUCAUCCAGAUGGAAGCCGGAACAUGUCCGUAUACAGUGGUUGUCAUGACUAGCUGCCUCUCUCCGCAGUCGACAAGGGAUCAGAUCAGUAUCGCUUUUGGCGACGCCGACGGUAACCAGGUCCAAGCACCGAGACUAGGCGGAUCAGUAAGAGGAACAGGGAGUUUAGGGAAGUGUUCAACAGACACAUUCCAAGUCAAAGGUCAAUGUUUAACUAACCCUAUCUGCUCUCUCUAUAUCAACCGUGAUGGACCCGACGGUUGGGUCCCGGAGUCCAUCGAGAUCUACUCAGAAGGUUCAAAGUCUGUUAAAUUCGACUUAAGCAAGACCGUCCCUCAAAACACUUGGUACGGCCAAAACAACUGUAACACCACAGGCGGACGACCAUCGGCUCCCGAGCUACCUCCACCGGAGACACCUGCUAUCCCACCGCCGUCUCCUCCACGACCGUCUCCUCCACGGCCGUCUGCUGCUUCCGGGCGUAGUGGAGAUGGUGUUAGUGCUUUUCUUGCGUUUGCCAUUGCCGCCGCAAUGGUGCGUUAGGAUUUGCUUAAUGAGCAUUUCGUAGCCUGAGAGACUUUUUUUUUUUCGUUGAAAUGUUUUGUUUGUUUUGGUUUGUUUCGGUCUCGCCGUUGUGUUGUAGAAAAGUAUAAUUAAAGUA